GCGCGUUGGCAUGCGUGAUAGGCUAACAUCGAUGCAAGACCGGCACCGAAUCAAUGGAAGUAAGCCAGCUCCCAAAGGCUCUCCUACCUUAUGAAGCGCAUUGCAGGUUGAUGCACAAGUACCUAUUUUUCCGGUAUCAGCCCCGCAGUCAUGGCCUUUGCAUCCAACUCGCAUAUACUUUACUUGAGGUUCAGCGCUGCCGCGACCACUUUGCACAGCGGGCUGCGCCACCUCCAGACUGCUUGGCUUUUCACAAAAUCCGACUUCAAGACAAUCAUCCUCCCAGUGAUGAUGUUCACAAACGUUGUGUCUCCUCGUCACAACCCGCUAGCCCUGUCUUGCUCUCUAUCCUGGCUCUGGUUACAUCUCUUCCAAGGCAACGUCUCUAACCAAUCAUACUCUGCACAUGAAGAUCUUCUGAAUAAACCAUGGCGUCCUGUGCCGUCUGGUCGCAUUAGCGUCAAGAAUUCUCGUGCCUUGCGCUGGGGAUUGAUGGUUUUCUGCUUGGGGUUUUCAUCACUUUUCAAUUUCAACGUUCUCAUCACUAGUGCGGUCUUCACUAUACUUGUGAUCGUGCACGACGAUUUUGGUCUCAGCGGCCAUCCGAUCGGCAAGAAUUUGUUGAACGUAGGAGCAUAUGUAUCUUUUGAACUUGGUUCUACAUUGGUUCUGUCGGACGAACCUUCGCUUGACAGGACGAGCAUAACAGCACUUUGCUGUAGUGGGCUUGUCAUACUUAUGACAAUCCAUGUGCAGGAUUUCGCGGACGUCAAUGGUGACCGUAUGUUGGGACGACGAACCCUACCGAUUGUGGCGCCUGAAGGAUCUCGUAUCUAUAUUCUUUGUGUCCUUCCGUUGAUUUCUUUUGCACUUGCUUCCUUUUGGAAUCUGGGACCUCUCUGCAGCAUUCUCUUUAUUUCCAUGGGAAUUGUGGUCGGACUUCGCUGCUAUCUCGUCCGCGACGAGAUUGGCGACCAGUCGAACUACUGGCUGUAUAAUAUAUGGCUCAUGGGCGCUCAUCUCUUGCCAGCUAAUGCGCGUUUUAGUGCAUUAGCAUGGUGAUGCAUCGUUGCGUCAUGACAGGUCAUGAGCAUGAAUUCGAGCGAUCUUAUGACACAUACCAGUGGAUCACCAAAGCAUGGAAAGUCACCGUCCCCCAACUUAUCUUUCCUACGGCUGUUUUCUAUUCAAUAUCUUCACACUCGUUCGACUGUACGAUAUUGAUAUCUUCUCCCAGUCGAAGUACUCACUGUAUGAUACAUAUUCACAUUAUUAUGGAGCUUGCUCGCUGGUCUGGGGGUUCUGCGAAUAAAAUUUAAAGGAGCGAACGAAAACGCAGGUCACACCCAGUAUGAUUGCGUUGUGGCACCUUCGCUCCCACAAUCCU